CUGGAUUAACCCUAAUAAGCCGUGAGUUGAGGGAGCGAGGGAGGGAUAUCCUCUCUCUGCGAGGGGAGGGGAGGGAUAGCAUGAGACUAGAUUCUAGGAGCGAGGGGAGGGAAGGAGUUGUCGUCACACAAAAUAUUUUUAACUUAAAGGAGGGUGAUAUAGUCCUUGAACUGAAUGGAGAGAGUAUGCUGGGGGUGGGGGAGGAGGAAUGGGCAGAGCUAAGGAUGGCGGAGUACCCCUGGCGGUUAGUUGUGGGGCGUAGAGGGGAGGAGAAGGGGGCCGGGGAAGGGGAGAUGAAAGGGUUACAACAAGAUAUUGCACUAAUACAAUCCAGGUUAGAGGAGAAGUUGAAGGAGGGAAGGGACGUGUCGAGUGUCCUGGGCAUGGUCAGCAAGGAGAAGGAGAACCUCGAACGAGAAAACACGAGGCUAAACCACAGAAUCUUCUACCUGGAGGAACAGGUAAAUGAUUUACAAAAGAGCCUUCGGCAGGUUCGAGACAGUUUAUCCCGGACCUUGAACACGGAAAUACAGGAUACACUGCAUAAGUUGGACACCAUGGGGAUCCAGAACCUUGUGUUCCAACGAGGAAACCAUAUGGCAAGUAUUGAGGUGCCCCUGGAUACUGUAUCCAGCAGCUCAGGGGUGUAUAGUGGAGCAGGGAGUGAAGGAAGCAAUAGUCCAGAUAGUCAUCAUGUUGCCAGGAUGCUGGUUACUCAGGAGAAGAACCGAGGGAAGAGAGUUGAAAGAUCUGGAUCCCGAGUUCAGAAUCUGACAAAUCUUGUAAAAUUACCAUUUACCAGGGGUGGUCCCAUGGUACAGUACAACCAGGGGAAUAAAGUUCAAGAGUUCUAAUUGUUAUUUCGGAACAGUCCCUUAUUUUUAUGAUCAUUUAAAGGUACAGUUAACAAAUUUUCCAUGUGAAACAACUAUGUAAUUUUUGUGAAUUGUCCAUUGAACCUUUAAUAAUUCAUUAAAAUAAUCAAAUAUUAAUUCAUGUAAACGUUUUGAUUUUUGCAAAACCAGUAUUUUACAAGUAUUAAUUGUUAAAAAUUAUGAAAACUUUUUAUGUGUCUUGUCAUUUGAGUUAAAAAUGACAAGAAUCCAUUGAACUAACUUCCCCCCCUUUAGACACCCUCACCCCCCUCCCCUUUUAAAACACCCUCACCCCCCCCCCUUUCAAAUCAUUUUUUAUUUGUAUAUUUUAAAAUAUAUCUUUGUAAAUUGUACAUGGACUCUGUUAUGUACUGCUAUGUACUGUUUUCUUUUGUUUACUUCAGUAAACAAUGGUUUAAAUAUGAAAUGUUAUAAUUAAAGAUUAUAAUAAAUUUUUAA